GAGGCGCGAAAAGCUUCCGGUCCCAAAAAGUCCCAAAAAGCUCCAGAGCAGAUCCCGGACCUGCGCUUCGCCAUCCAACGUCAACUGUUUCGGCGUUUGCUGGGUCGAUAUAUAGCUUCCCUGGACACGGCGAUCGCCCUGGCUAUUAUUAUUAUCACUACCAUAAUAAUUAACUCGGUCUUUGACUUCACGACAGCGUCAUUGUCUAUCUGUCGCCUUUGCCUCUUAUUAUCUAUCUAUCUCCACAGGAAUUGAAUUGAUCUUUCGACUUUCUCUCUGUUUCUUUGCGGAAUUCUGGGAUAGAGAAAACGACACACACAAAAUGAAGCUUUUAACCAAGGAAGAAGAAGACGCUCACUACCGAGCCGUCGUCAAAGGAGGCACCUUCGGUACCAUCGUCGGUCUCAUCGGCGGCACAGCGGGUGUCCUGGCUGCCUCCCGUCGCUACCAAACAAUCCGCUCGCUGACGCUCCCCAUGAAAUCCUUCCUGGCAACAUCCUCCGCGACAUUCGUCGGCAUUGUCUCCGCGGACCACGCAUCGCGCACUUUCGAAAUCGAACGCAGUAAGGAGCAGCUAUGGCUCGGGGACGUGGAGGAAAGGAGACGCCGAGAGGAGCUGGCCAGGAUGAGCACCAAGGACCGCAUUUUCGACUUCCUCCACCGCGAGAAGUACAAGAUCGUCGGCGUGACCUGGAUCGCGAGCAUGGUUGGCUCCUUCUGGCUGGUUAGUCGCAACCCGUACCUUUCUGGAUCGCAGAAGAUCGUGCAGGCGCGUGUGUACGCGCAGGGGUUGACGGUCGCCGUGCUCGUUGCGUCGGCGGGAUUCGAGAUCGCCGAUCAGAAGCGUGGGAAGGGUAUUCUUGAUGCCGCGAACAAGGCCAAGGAGGCUGCUCGGCAGAAAGGGGAGGCUGUUACGGAUUACUCGUCUACGUCUUUGACAACGACUCCGGCCGUCAGGGACGAGAAUGCUGAUCUGUGGAAGGAUAUGGUUGCUGCUGAGGAACAGAGACUCAAGUCCAAGCAUAAGAGUCUCUAUGAGGAACACCAUGGACAGUCCAACUCAGAGGACGAGAGGAAGGCUCAUCAGCAUCAGGACGUUACGGGGCCUGAACAGCCGGAGGAGAAGGGUCAUAUCAAGUUAGAGAAGGACUUAGUUGCCCAGAAGGCUCAGGAGGAAAAGGAGGGAACUAAGAACAACAAAUAAACUGUUCUUCCCUUCCCUUCCCUCCUUGUCUCUUUAUUCUUUUUCUCUGCCUACCGGUCAACUCGAUUGAAAAAAAAAGGGAACAUCGUCAGUCAUCGACGAUAGGAACGAUCCCUAGACACGAAUCGUUUCCGCCCUCUUUCUUUUCCUUUGUGUCUUUUUCUUUUCCUACUUGUCUAUAAUAUUGGAUGCAUGCGGGUCAGCGUUAUCAUAUAUGUAUGUACGGAGUAGUGUCCUCUUCAUGAACGAAAGAAGAAUUGUAGAUUCGUUUUGCCUACUUUCUACAUUCGAGUUGAGUAGCAAGUUGGACGGAUUGUGUAUAUUAUCCCAGCG